AUGAGCGACCUAGAAGUUGAACAAUUUGCUUUCCAAGCUGAAAUAUCUCAGCUUAUGUCAAUUAUUAUCAACACCUUUUACUCGAAUAAAGAGAUUUUCCUUCGUGAAUUGAUUUCUAAUUGUUCCGAUGCUUUGGAUAAGAUCCGUUAUGAGUCACUUACUGAUCCUUCAAAACUUGAAACCGGUCGUGAUUUGUAUAUCAAAAUUACUCCUGAUAAAGAACACAAUGUACUCAUCAUUCGAGAUACUGGUAUCGGUAUGACAAAGGCUGAUUUAGUAAAUAACCUUGGUACCAUCGCCCGUUCUGGUACAAAGGCUUUCAUGGAAGCUUUACAAUCCGGUGCCGAUAUAUCUAUGAUCGGUCAAUUUGGUGUGGGUUUCUAUUCCGCCUACUUAGUUGCUGACCGUGUGAGAGUCAUCACCAAACACAACGACGACGAACAAUACAUUUGGGAAUCAGCUGCCGGUGGUUCAUUCACUAUCGCACGUGACACACAAAAUCCCCCACUUGGACGAGGCACAGAGAUUCAACUCUUCUUGAAGGAAGACCAACUUGAAUAUCUUGAAGAACGCAAGAUCAAGGAAAUCGUUAAAAAACAUUCGGAAUUCAUUGGUUAUCCAAUUCAACUUGUCGUCGAAAAGGAAGUUGAGAAAGAAGUUGAAGAUGAAGAGGAGGUCAAAGAAGGGGAAGACAAAGAGGUCAAAGAGGACGAGGAGGUCAAAGAAGGCGAAGAUCAGAAACCUAAAAUUGAGGAAGUAGAAGACGAAGAAGAAAAGAAGGAGAAGAAAACAAAGAAAAUUAAAGAGAAAACUAAGGAAACCGAGGAACUUAACAAGACAAAACCACUUUGGACUCGAAACCCCGAUGAUAUCACAAAUGAAGAAUAUGCUUCAUUCUAUAAGUCUCUUUCUAAUGAUUGGGAGGAUCAUUUGGCUGUCAAGCACUUCUCUGUUGAAGGUCAACUUGAAUUCCGUGCAAUCCUCUUCGUUCCUCGUCGUGCUCCAUUCGAUCUCUUCGAGACAAAGAAGAAACGUAACAAUAUCAAAUUAUAUGUUCGUCGCGUCUUUAUUAUGGAUGAUUGUGAAGAUUUGAUUCCGGAAUACCUCAACUUCGUUAAGGGUAUUGUGGAUUCCGAGGAUUUACCUCUCAACAUUUCUCGUGAAAUGCUUCAACAAAAUAAGAUCCUUAAAGUGAUUCGUAAGAACAUAGUAAAGAAAUGUAUGGAACUCUUCUCAGAAAUUAGUGAAGAUAAAGACAACUUUAACAAGUUUUAUGAAGCCUUUGCAAAGAAUAUCAAACUUGGUAUCCACGAAGACUCUCAAAACCGCGCUAAACUAGCAGAAUUCCUUCGGUACCAUUCAACAAAAUCUGGAGAUGAAUUAACAUCUCUUAAAGAUUAUGUUACUCGAAUGCCAGAAAAACAAAAAGACAUUUACUACAUUACCGGUGAAAACCGUCAAGCUGUAGAGAAUUCACCUUUUGUUGAAGUGCUUAAGAAGAGAGGUUAUGAAGUUUUGCUAAUGACCGAUCCUAUUGACGAAUAUUCUGUAUCACAACUUAAAGAAUAUGAUGGUAAGAAAUUAUACGAGGAACUAUGUAAACAAAUCAAAGAAAUUCUCGGAGAUAAAGUUGAGAAGGUCCUUGUUUCAAAUCGUAUCUCGGAAUCACCCUGUGUUCUCGUCACGGGUCAAUAUGGUUGGUCUGCCAACUUUGAACGUAUUAUGAAAGCGCAGGCGUUGCGAGAUUCAAGCAUGGCUUCUUAUAUGGCUUCCAAGAAAAUUAUGGAAAUCAAUCCUCGCCAUCCAAUUGUCAAGUCACUUAAAAAUAAAGUAGAGGUUGACAAGAAUGAUAAAACCGUUAAAGAUCUCACAUGGCUUCUUUUCGAAACCUCACUUUUACAAUCUGGUUUUACUUUGGACGAACCAUCAUCAUUUGCGGGAAGAAUUUUCAAGAUGAUCAAGCUUGGUCUUGAUAUUGGCAGUGACGAAACCGAAGCAAUGGAAACUGAAGAAAUUCCAACUCUAGUUGACUCUUCCGCUGCGGAAGCUUCUCAAAUGGAAGAAGUUGAUUAA